CGAGACACGGCAGAGCAGCAGUCUUCGAAAGUUUCGAGCAUCGGGUCUGUUCGUGAGGUGGAGCGGGAGUUGGAAGCCGCGAGAGCCAUUGUGACCAGUACUCCACCUGGGGUGGCGGUGAUCCGGAUGGCGCUACCGCAGACUCCGGGCGGCGGGAUUCUUGGGGACGUCAUGCUGCAGCCACCUGUGACCACUUCGUCCAGCAAAGACUCCUUUUUGAGCCAAAAGGACGAAGAAGAUUUUCUCGCUGAUGAACGGGAGGGGCCAAAAAAGAACAAAAGUGAGGAGGUUACCGUGGUGUCCACAGGACAUCAAAUGACGCAACAGGCAGAGUCUGCUUUUUUUGCGGGAAAAGACGGUAGCCCGCUGGAUCGUGCAGGAACGCAACAGGACAAGGCGGUCACGACAUCCAGCAAAACAAGUUCAGUGCAUGACGAGGUUCCGUCUGGUCCAAUGAUGAAGAGUCAGAAGAUUGACGACGCAGAAGAAAUACCAGGCGAUCUUGCAACGAUGAAGAGUCAGAUCGGCGGAGGAGCUGGCCCUUCGUCGAUGUUGGGCGCGAGCUUGCCUAUCUCUCCAGUCGGUUCGGUUGGGCGUUCCGGGAGUCCGUUCGACGAAGAAGACUACGGAGAUGUCGCUGCGACCACGGUGGACGAAAUCAUUCUCGCUGGGGCAACCGCGGCGGACACGCGACAGACAGGGCUCAACAGAGAUGGCACCGGCGCGGCGGCGCAGGAACUGGACGACCUUGACUUCAGCGGCGACGAAGGUGGUGCACAAAACAAACGUUCUCGAGACGGGGGUCUGUGGUUGAAACAAAGCGGCGGGGCGGGAGUGGCGGAAGUCGUGGGGGGUUCGGGUUCGCGGCGCGGCGCCGAUCGGACCCCGCCAAAGAACAGAGCGCAAGAAAUUGACGAGGCGGAGUCGUUUUCGGCUACCUGGGAUCCAGCGACCAUGGAGGACGACUUGGCUGCCGCUGCGCGAUCUGCGUCCGAGCUCUUCUCGCACGACAGCGGUGAGUCUUCUAACAAGCCGUCAGGAACGGAUACCUCGCAGCAAACGCCCCCGUCCCGCCAGCGACCGCCGCACGGCGUUAGUACAAGCGGACCAGUGCCAGAUCAUGGAGGUUACAAGACGCCCCCACCUCCAGUGUCGAAGUCGCAAACUGGUGCUGGCAGGUCUUCCAGCAAAAAUUCAGGAGAAAAGUACUAUCGGGAACAACACCAAACCACGAGUGGCAGUCCCAAGGGAUCUGCACGGCAUCCGCACCAUGCGCACGGUGGAUCUACCCCCGAAUCCUUUUCUGCGCGUUCGGGUAAGCUCCUGCAGCUCGCAGCCCAACGCUACCCAGGCUCCACGUCUACUGGAGGUCGUGGGUUGCAAAAAUGGAACGACCAAAGCGGUGCGGCGUACCAGCGAAAUGUUUUUGCGUCGGCUACCUGGCCAGCAAGCGGCACUGCGCUCAGCACGUCGAGCAAAGGCACCAUCCAAGAAGACCAGUUCUAUCUGGAGCAAGCGCCCGUGGCGAAGCGGUCGGCGCGAGCGGAGCACAAACCUACGAAUAGUGCUAUGGUGGCUGGUAUUAACGACCCGUCGGGGCAAUUGAACCCGCCGAAAUCGGUGCCUUUGCUGCAUCGGGAUCGCAGCGGCAGCAGUGGCGGCAAAGGUGGGAAGCCGCGGAGCCAAAGCCGGGAACAGUACCGUGAGGAAUUGGAAUCUCCCCCGCGAGGGGAAGGGUCACCUUCAAAUACGAGGGUGCAACAGCUACUGCACCAUCAAAUCCUGCACGGUACCAUCAUGUCCAGCGAGCAGCAAAUGCAGCUUCAAACGAAAGCCUCGAGCCCGCGACCGCCCUCCACGUCCCAACCCGGCUCAGGAAACAAGCGGGGCAUGAUGCCAAUAGAACUACCUGGAGUCGGGGGCACAUCGUCUACAGCACCAGGAGUACUACAGCAGUCUGCUCCGCCAUCUUCCUCGCACGCAGGACCGCAUGCCGUGAAUGCAGGGCCAGGCGCUUCACUGCUCAGUUCCGCGGCUUUCCCGGUGGUGGUGGGGGGGUCCGGAACAGCUGGGCCCGGCGCGAGCCAGUCGCUGCUGGCGGGAUCUUCAUCCGCUCUGUAUCUGCAAAUGUCUUCGCUGGAAAAUCUUGCGCCGCUCGUGCCAUCAGGCACGAUUCAACAGCAAGACCAAAUACAGUUGGGAUCACACAGUUCGUCCGGAGCAACGGCAUCAGCUGCGCACGCGGCGAUGGCGUCCAGCCUGGCAGCGAGUCUGGCUGCAUCCAAAGUGGGCGCCGCUCGUCUGAGUCCGGUGCAGUCUCCGGAUCCCAUGGUACGAAGCGGUAUGCCUGGCGUCGGCCAUCCGCGCGUGCCGCCACUGCAGCUCGGUAGUCGGGAUUCUCGCCGCGGUGCCAGGGUGGCCAGUCUGAAGCAGACCGCGGGGCUUUCCGACGCAAAGGCGCCCGCGAAGCGUGGAUUUUGGCGGGAAAUUACCGCCGCCAAUUUGAUGAACCGCGAUCAUCGCGGGGCUCCGCCGCCAUCGCAACAUCCAAACAUUGCCAGUGCGGCCGCUGCCUUCCUCCGGAAACAGGGAUCUGGGGCAGCGGCGUCCGCAUCGUCGCCCUUCCCGGGCGACCAGGCGGGGCCUCGGUCCCGGUCUCCGAACUCGCGGGAGGACACGAGUUCGCAGAGUCCGCGGAGCGCCCGCGAUCGAUCACGCGGGCGGAGGAGCCGAAGUGGGCAACGAGGAGGCAACGUCGGGCAAUCCGAAGACGUCAACAAGAGCAGCAGUUCGACCGGACGAGGGUCUUCCGGUCGCAGACCAACGUCGGGAUCCAGCCGCGACACGAGUGCGCUGCGGACACGAUCGGCGUCCGCACGGGAGCCGCAGCGUGCGGCACGGUCCUCCGCGAGUCUUCGCGAGGCCGCCGCGGGGCUCAUCCAGCUUCAUACCAGCGCAUGGGAAAACCUGCCGCACUGGGCGCAGGGAGAAACCGUGAUGGCGCGCAGCGAGACGCGGUCCUCGGGGUCGCCCAGUACGGGACGGUCCUUACUGUCGGGGCGCAAGUCUUCGGACGGGGUCGACAAGACCGGGCAACCACAUCUUCGGUCCCCCUCUCCCCCUGCGAUCCACCCCAAAAGCGCGGUGAGCGCGCCAGCAGCGGCAGUGAGCGCGUUUGCGCAGCAGUUGGAAGAGACUGGGCGCUACGACGACCGGUCGUCCGCCUUGCUACGAAGCAUGUUGGCCGUCUACGACCGUGGGGGGCCACCCGCGGUGCUGUCACGAACGGUAACGCGCGAAGACCAGGGUGGGAUCUCGUCCACGAGUGGGGCCUCCUCCUCCAGUACUUCGGGCGCCGUGGUGUCCAGUAAGGUCGACUCCUCACGCAACCAAGACCGGACGCCGGGUGGCCGCGCCGAGGGCAUUUCGAGCAGCAGCUCCAGUUCGUCGAGCUCCUCUUCGUCCACGCCGCCGGGCGGCCAGCGGAGCGACCGAUCAAGGGAGCGCAGCCAGCGGGGAGAAAAGAGGAAGGCUGAGAUGCCGAUGAACCAGCAGCAGUCGGUUGGCCCGUACGGUGGGGGAGUAGCAUCAUCGGGCUUGUCCGUUGACGCCUUUGUCGAGCGAUUGUAUCGGCCGAGGUCCGGCCAGUCUCUAUCGCCUCGGAGCCAGCAGCAGCGGCACGGGGAGCGCCAGCUGCCACUGGAUCACUCCUUGCCGGUCAUCACCUCCGCGCAAGACGGGUCGCCAUCGGGCUUUGUUCUAGCGGGAGUCAUCUCACCAGACGGUACUAAGGCCCCGCAUCAACUUGGGGUGUCCGCGCCCGGCAAGAUGCGGUCUGAUUCUGACGGGGGUGCCUUCAUCUCGUCAGAUCCCGACAGCGGCGGCGGAGCCUCGGGGCAAGCGGAAAGUGCGAGCCCAACUAGCAGUCGGAAAGUUGUGCGCCCGCCGCGCCGCGACGAGUCGGACAUCAACAUUCGAGCGGAGCGCGUACCCCAUGGCACCCUCCUAGACCCGGACGCAGGCGGGCAUGAUGAACGCGCUUUACUCGCGCGUUCCCGGCUGGGACCUGCCUUUGGCCGUGGCGAGGGAUCCGCGUCUAUGCUUCUGGGCACGGGCGACGAAACCGGUGAGGAGCACCCCGACGGCAUUAUGGUGCAGGACGAUUCCUCUGCAACCGAUCAGGAAGGCCGGGGCGCAUCCGAGAUGCAGGACGCUGUGCAGCGCGACAUUUCCAUGAGUCCCGACAUGUACGAGCAGUUUUUUUACAACAAGGCACUGGCGGUCGGGAAGAACGCACCCAUCCCGCUCAGCCGCUUUCCUUUCGUGGGUCGCCGGCUCGCGUUCCCGCCCGUAGUGGUCUACAGCUACUACGCCUGCACCCUAGUUUUGCUCGCGUUGCUGCUUGCGCUGGCCGUGGAUGAAGUGCUGCCUUCGGUCUUGUUCGCGUGCUCCUUCGCUGCGGUUGUCGCUCUAGCCUCUGCGGCAGCGGCUCUCGCCACCGCAACGACGCAAGCGUCCGCGCUGACAGCAAUUUCCCUGGUGCGCCCGUCCAAAAGCUCGGGGAACGGGCAGAAGCUGGUCGCGGCCCUGAGCUCCGGCACCAUGUGGCAGAGCGAGGCACUGGCGACCAUGUUCGUGUUGCUAGUUUCCGGCGCAUUGUUCGGAAUUACAUACGCGGAGCGGGAAAAAAGUAAGUUUCCCGGCAGCCCGGGACUCUCGGCAUUUGCACACGUCGUGCUCUUUCUCUGGUUACUGUUCACAAUAGUCCUGCUUGUCUCCGGGACAGUGCUGGUAUCCAUCCUUGCAAAAGUGCAGCGGGCCAACACGCAGCUCUGGAAAAAGUACCUUCUCACAUCGCAGUCCGGCACCGCGGCAGCACCAGACGAACAAUCGCGGACGACAGGCGGCGCGCCUCGGUUUUCACAACCUUCAUCCCGGACGAUGAGGCUGGAAGAAGACCACGCCAUGCAACAGAAUGCGAACUUCAGUUUGGUUGGCACAAACGCUUUUAGCGUUGUGCCCGCAGCAAGUGCAGGAACUGCGGGACCACGGGCUUCCCCUGGGCCAAACACGCCCGCUGUAGAAGGAGUCGAGCCGGCGUUGCCCCCGUCAUCUUCCCCGCCAACGGGAAUGACCGCUGGCAGGACGGCUGCCACGGGGAUGCACCGAUCAAGCGCUGCCGAGGGUAUUCUUUCUGCAUUUGACCGGUACCGGGCGGAGACUAGUGGAGGUGAUAAUACACACCCACAACCUCCCUCAACGUAUUCGACCCUAUCGCAGCAAGCCCAGCAACAGUCGCUUAUGGAAAAUAUUAACGGCGCAGAUGACCAAUUCCAAUUCGAAGGCCAGCACCGAGCAGACGAGCCGGCACACGAUUCUGCGAGGAUGCGUGAUCAGCUGAACGCAACGUGGCGAUCGGACAGCAUGCCUCUGCGCGUGGUGGAAAUCCCGCUUUCGGCGGGUCAGGAGCACAACCAGAAUGGGCUGCGUCUCGACCAGCGGGAGAACGGCAGUUAUGGCGUUUUCCAGAACAGCCGCGGCAGUUACAGUCCGGGGGGAGGUCACCAGCACGCCAUAAACAGUUUGGAGAGCAGAGUGCCCAGCCUGGUACCUGCCGCGGGUGCAGCAGGCGGAUCUACUGUGUCGAAUGCCUCUACAGGCGGGGCUACGUUCCUGGCGGGAGCAAGUGCGAUGUCAAGUAACACACUUAUGACAUCGACAGCGGCUGGCGGUCGUGGCAGAAGUGGUGCUAGCCUAUCUGAAGUCGGUCUGGAACUACAGCAGUUAUCAGCAGCAGAUCGGCAUCAAGUAGAGCAGCUGCAAUCUAAUGUUUAUCCAGUUCACCUGCAACCAGGGCAACAACAGCCGCGCCAGAGUCGUUAUGUUUCGGGAAGCGCAGGUCAGCGGGCGACGGCUAAAACCUUUAUCCGCGGCGCACCAACGUCAUUUUUCGCUGCAAACGCCAAGCAGCUUCAAUCGCUGAUGGAGCAGAACUAUCAGAUGUAAAAAUGUCUGGGUCUGGAAGAGUCAUGCUGUUUUUGCAUGACACAGAAGGUCUGGCAUGGAAGCUCUAGCAUUAGAGGUUUCGAGAAGCUUCCGCAAUGCCGAAUCCGCAUGACAAAUCCCCCACUUUGGUGACAGAAAGUGGGCAGCUUUUGCUACCCAUGCAUGAGAGAUUUUUCUGUGUUCUGAAAUGUGCAUCACAGAUUCGGAUUCUUCCAGACCCAGACAUUUUUACAUUUGAUAAGAACGGAGCGGUCAUGGUCUUGUCUUUGUCUGCGGCGGUCACCUAUCAAAUGCAAAAAUGUCUGGGUCUGGAAGAUUGCGAGAUUUGUCAUGCUUGUCUGGCAUGACUAAAAAGUUUGUGAUGCGUGUCCAAGAAGAGACCCUUUUGCCUGUCAUGCAAAAACGCAGUUUGUGUUUGUCAUGCGAAAAACGCAACACAAAGAAGCGCAGAUAUUUGUUUCUCAUGCUUCGCUGUGCAUUACAGAGCAUUCACUAUUCCCAACGCAACAUUACAAGUUUCCAGACCCAGACACUUUUACAUUUGAUAUCACCAUCAUGAACCUCCUGGCCCUCGCGAUCGUCACAGGAGAGACUAAGUAUGGGACUGCGAAGGUAUUUUCGUCUUUUCAACACUCAUCAUUCAUAGAAUUCGAAAGUACUAUUUGCGCUGAAGCCAAUUCCACCAAUAGCCAUGAACCCUUGAUGAAAGAGUCAACAGAAAACAACUACGGGAUGCAAAUCAACACUCAACUUUUCUCAGUAUCACUUCUUCGUGCUUUUUUUCCUGUACGUUGAGUGGACGAUCUUGUUUGCGGUCCUGUGCAAGUUGCUGCGUGAGCUGAUCAUGUUGACGGCCGACAUGCGGGCGGUGGAUCCAAGUCUUGGCCUGUCGCUGUUUGGGCAUAAGGUGGACGCCAGCGCCUUUCGCCGCACCGUCGCCUUGCCGAUACUCACACUGCUCGUCGCGAUUAUGGGCAGCCUGCUGUCCUCGUGAGGAAACUAGCUACUGGCAAAAGCGGUGCAGCCGUCUGCAGCCAGUCACCUCGUGUGAUGAAUCUGAAGCGAAACUAUUUUUGAUGAGAAUGCACUAAUCAGGCACAAUAUUUUCUUGAAAUCGUCGAUAUUAUCUUGCUUUUACUACACUACUCAUACCUACGCCAUGUACGAUAUGCGUCUUUCCUUUUUUUCGUGUCAUCUACACGUACGAAGACCUUGUUUCGAAUUC